AGCUAGCAGCGAACAAGGUUGAAGCUUUCAAAAGUCCGUCGCAAUUGUGCCGAGUGCCCAGAGAAAUCAGCUCCAAGAAGGGUUGAUUCGCAAGAUCUAACACCGGCUAUGGAUUGUGUGAACUUUGCGGGAUAAGCGUAUUUUUUACGCCAACACACAUGCUACUUCGAACGACAUCGGCAAUUGACGAUUUUGGUUCGGGGACCUUGAAUUGCAUGUGGGAAGGCGAAUAAUUCUAAUAUCUUGUCCUUAUUGAGUUGCUUGUGGAAGUUUGGUUACAAAUUGUGGGUGCAUUGACUGUGAAUGUUUCUCCUUUUAAGCCCUAUAAAUGGGCUGUGCUCCUAGCAUUCACGUCUCACAAUCUGGAGUAUUUUAUUGUAGAGACGAAAUUCGCGAAGGAUCAAGCCCUAGACCAAGAGCAUCUUCUCCUAGUGAAAUUGUCGGCCAUAUUCGUUCAAGCUCGGACUCUGGGUCGCAUAUUUCGACGUCGUCUUCUUCUCGAAAUCGUGGAAAUAAUAAAAAAGGACAAAACUCUCAUCGAGGUAGUUCUAUCGAAGCAGAAACACAAACUUACGACCCAAGGAGUAGUAUGGAGCAUCCCAAGAAUGAAAGAAAGGAAAUUUCACUUGGACCAAUGAAGUUAUAUCAAGCCCAAAUGCAGAUCAUGCUGGUGUUUUCAAAAGAAGAUGCUCAGACUGACAGCUUUCUUCAUGCAGCCGAAAGAGGUGGAUAUUUAUGUCAAAUUUGUAAAACAUCUGAAGAAGCCAUGGAACAGUACAUAAACAUUCAGCCAGAGGUGAUAUUUAUUGACAUGAGAGGAAAUUCUGUCAUUGAUGGAGAAACACUUUGCAGGAUAAUAAGAGCAAAAGGCCCACGAGAGAAUUCUAUAAUUAUUGCUGUAGUCAAAGGGAGUAAAACGAAAUCCCACUGUCUUCGCAAAAUUUUCACAUGUGGCCUCAGGAGGGAUCGCAGCCCACGAAGUGAUGAACCAUCGAUGCUUCCACUGCUAAAAGCUGGAUUUGACCGGCGGUUUGUUGAAAAUGCUAAUGUUGGGGCUUGUCAUAAUGAGUUGCUGAUGUUGGAACAUGGAGAAGUUCAGUCAAUGUUUAAACUGAGGGCAACAAGCUGUCUUUUUAGUGCAAUCGAGCACUCCACUGAUGCUGUAGAGAUUGCCAGUGCUGACCCUGACAAGCCAGAGUUACAGGUAGAGUACUUUAACCCUGCCUUUGAGAAAAUGUCUGAAGCUGUUGGGCAUCCACAGAACUUCAUGAUGAACAGUGAGCAUGAGAAACCUGAGUUAUAUGAGUCAAUUCAUGCACACAUAAAGAAAGGGAAGCCAUGGGAGGGAAAAGUAGUUGGGAAAAGAAGAAAUGGGGAUAGUUUCUUACAAAAUGUGCAUAUCAUUCCCAUCAUUGGCAAAGGAGGGAAAGUUGCUCACCAUGUGACAGUGAAGAGAGAAAUCACCCAGGCUAAUCCCCUGAAUCAAGUCAACAUGAAUAUGGAGGUUAAUAUGCAUAUGGAAUCACCAACUACAGCCAGUGGUGUAACAGAACAAGUUCAAAUUAACACCUUAAAUGGAGGUAUUCUUAGAAGACAUUCAACAACAACUACGACUAAAAUAGAGGCACCCAUUACAAAAGUCAUAAACAUGCUGUCUGCAGCGCAAGAAAAUAGUCCCAUGUCUGUAGUACAAGCACUAGAUAGAGUGCUGGAAAUUCUACGGACAGCGGAAUUAUAUUCCCCUUUCACAACAACUGAAGAAGACAUGAUGACUAAUGAACUGGUCGGAGGUCUCAUGAGCAAUGGCCGAAGGAGACCCUCCUGUGACGUUCCUAAACCAAGUACGAACUUAUUCUACACAUUCGGCAGAGGUCAUACCACAUCGAGCACUGUACGAACCCCACCCAUCUCACACCUCCAAGAGGCCCCACCUGAAGUUAUCGCUUCUAUGGUUGACGAGGCAGACUGGGACUUUGAUAUUCUCAAGUUGGAAAAAGCCUCCAAUCACAGGCCCUUGUACUUCUUGGGAACGAAGAUACUGAACAGGUUCAGGGCCUGUGAAUUACUCAACAUUACCGAAGAUGUUCUCAAGAAUUGGUUACAAUUAAUAGAAGAAAACUAUCACUCGAAAAACGCCUAUCAUAACUCCACGCACGCUGCUGAUGUCUUGCACGCAACAGCAGUGUUCUUAGCAAAAGAAAGAGUGAAGGCUGUUCUGGAGCCACUCGAUGAAAUAGCCUCGUUAAUAGCAGCAGUUGUUCACGACGUAGACCAUCCGGGAUACACAAACUCGUUCCUUUGUAAUGCAGGAAAUGAGCUCGCCAUCCUCUACAACGACAUCGCCGUACUGGAGAGUCAUCAUGCUGCGUUGGCGUUCAAACUUACAGCCAAAUACGAAAGGUCAAACAUCUUUAAGGGACUUGACAUGGAUGAGUUCCGCACGAUUCGCCAAGCGAUCAUCGACAUGGUAAUGGCGACAGAGAUGACGAGACACUUUGAACAUCUCUCAAAGUUCGUAAACUCUAUAAAUAAACGGCGUUCUUCCAGUAUGGAUGAGGUACACUCGGUGCACAGUGGGCGUGGCACUCCAGAUUCCACAGCAUCAACUGCUGUAGCACUCAACACUCCAGAAAACCGUACACUGAUUAAAAGAAUGUUAAUUAAGUGUGCUGAUAUCGCCAACCCAGCUCGACCACGAUACCUGUGUAAAGAGUGGGCAUACAGAAUAGCAGACGAGUACUUUUCACAGACGGAUGAGGAAAAGAGGCGUGGUUUACCCGUCGUGAUGCCUGUGUUUGAUAAGCAAACAUGUAACGUACCGAGAUCACAGGUUUGGUUCAUAGAUUACUUUGUCAGUGAUCUUUACGACGCAUGGGAUGCUUUCGCAUUUGUACCCGAGACCAUCAGACACCUUACAGAUAAUCACGAAUACUGGAAAAAAGCAGCAGAGGAGUGGGUAAGCGACAAUGUUUGAUGCCAAUCGCACAACUGCAGCUACUUCCGGUACCGCCACGAAAAACCCUACGUCCACGUCCUCGUCCGAACCUCCUUCUUCGUCCAGCACGUCUCUAACUUCAUCAUAGUAUGCUGUCACGGUAGUUGUCGUUAGCCUCCUGUGUUACCUCUUGUCUUUGUAGUGUGUCAUUGUCCAUAUUAUACACUUGUUUCAUACAGUCAAACGCGUGUCGGUGGCACUUAAUGCAGAAUUGUAUCCCUGCAGCAUAGGAUGACUUGACGUCACUGUGUCUUGGUGUUUCCUCACUCGUUGCCGUCUCUGACUUGUGCGUGACUUUUUUUGAGUCACGCUUCGCAGUUCGUUCACGCAAACAAGUCUGUCGCAAAGGUUUUCAGGUGUUGUGGAAUUUUGUAUCUCGCUGCGGAUUUGCGCAUUUCCUCGUCGUUUUCGUCUGAAAUUUUUGUUUAAGAACAAUUUAUACGGAGAGGGUAGGAUGUUAAGUAGAUUCCUUUUAGCAGUCCAAUAAUGCAUUCUAGUGCUGACUGUGAAAGCUCUUCUGUCUUAAAGCUAGUUUAAGUAAGCCACAAUCUUGGCGUCUUACAAAACUAUUUAAUUACGAAAGAGAGACAGAGUACGUUCUACAUAUAUAAGUAAAAAAAAAAACAAAGAAGAAAACAAAUUGUAUAUAGUGUUUUCCCAUCAAGGGAAAUCUCUAGAAAAUUAUAAAGUAUUAUAUUUAUUUCCGUUGACCUACUUACGCACAAGCCCCCCUAAUUAAAAUUAUAUAUUAACUUUUGGUAGAUGUCAUUUGCGUCUCAAAGCCUGAAUUUCCAGCACAGGCUUUUGAAGAAAUGUUGAGAUUAGAGUUAAUUAAAUGAUUACUCGCCAGCCCCUAGUACUGUACAUUUCUCAUGAGCCACGAAGAGCAGGCUUUAACUGGUCCUCUUCUUUCCAAGAACCUUGAUGUUGUGGAGCUUGUAAUUUUUUACUCAAUUUGGUUUUCUCUCCAUUUUGUUGGCGGGGAAUUGACGUUCCACCUGAGCUUUAAGUAAACGCUUUGAAAUCUUGAUCUUCCAAAGAUCAUAAAAAGUGAUACGCAUUCGAACGAUAUCAAAUUAUGUUCAAAAUGUCUUUUGUAUACGUAAGCUUCAUUACACACAUUUCUUGAAAAGAAGGGAGCAAGCAAAGAGAUUUGUUCCCACAGGCUGACCACUUCCACUCUUAAUCAGGUCAUCAUAUGAACAGCUGGCGAGUGAGGCUGGAAUCUAUCAGUCGAGGAAUUAAGGACUGAUCACCUGAGACUGCGUUUUUUCAAAAAUUGUAUGCCUAGCAAUUUGAUGUAAUAUGAUGGUAAAAGCCCAUGUGACUUUGAAUACGUUUCUGUUUGGAAAAAAGAUACCAGAUAUUCUUGACGUGCAAUUUAACUUUUUGUAAAAUUUUGAGAGAAAGCAUGGAGUUUCUUAUCUUCUUGGGAACCUAUUGUGUUACCAUAGCUUUUCAAUCGUCUAAUGUCACAGAUUUGUCUCUUAUCUUGGUUUCCUUCCCUUACAUCUUACGUCACGUGCCCAGCGCGUAGAGCAUUACCCAAAGAACUGCUAGAAUCAGUCUUUCAUUCCCCGACUCAGUAGAUAGAUGAAUUCUUUUGGAACGUAAUGUUAAAUUAAAUGAAUCUCUAUCCUUUUACUUCAGCUUGGUGAUGGUCAAAACGGAGCAUUUAGUUCGCUUUCCGAGCUUGAAAACACGGCAAGUGUAUUCAAGCUUAAAAUGAGAAAAAUUCCUUCACAAAUAUGGUCGUUUUUAUGGCAAAGGGUAUUAACACCAUGUCAUUUUUGUCUUGUCCAUUUUGUCUUUGCUGUAUUGUGUUUAUACUUUAAAAAACAAAUUUAUUCCUAAUUUAUUCCUGCUGCCAAUGUGUUUUAUAGUCAGGCUUUUGGUGAAACGCUUUCUUCUGGUGUAAAACGUCUUAUUAAGUACCAAUUGACUUCUGUUAGUGUAAUAACACUGUUUCGCUUAUACGUGAUUUUAGGUUUCAAUCUGAAAAAAAAAAGAAUAGUGACGUAAAAUGAAAGCCGCUUCCGUAAGAGAUCGAUUUUAUGGCUGUAAAGCGAGUUAUGAAAGCUGAUGGUCUACUUCGCAAUAUCAAUGUGAAGAUCAUCUGACUUUUGAAAUUUUUGACUUUUUGCAAUUUUGAAAGAGUUAGUUGCUGUGUGAAGAUGUUUGCUUGUGACCAUUUUUUUUUGUGGACAAAGCACGCCCUUAGGAUGCAUGUGUGCAAUGGACUUGUCACACUUUCUUUCGUCGAGAAGGAAUGCGUGACGGGAGGGAAAUGGAGCAGUUUCUGUCACGUAACAUACACAAGAUAGCUUGAGUUUCGCGUGAACAUCUCACAACAAUGAAAUAGUAUUAUUUUGUGUGAUCCUUGAACGUUUUCACCAAGAGCCUUGUAGAAUAAAGUUAGCUGAGCAAGAUCAUUUUAAUUUCCAAAGCUCCUGUACACACUUAUUGAAUUCUAGCUGGCUCAGUUGUACAGUUUUGAUCAAAUCAUUUUAAUGGGUCAACGUUGCGUUGUCCGGUGUCAUUGUGUAUAAAAAGUAUAAUUUUCAUAAUACAAUGAUGAUAAUGAUAAUAUAAGUUGAUUGCCUGAAGAGAUUCAGGAUAUUGAAGUUAUUAUAUCAUGUACAAAUUGUUUGAUAAAUCUUGAGUAGCUCUUUGGAUUUCUCUGUAGAUGUUCUGUGUGAACGUAAAUUAUGUUGUUCUUUCCUAGAUUGUGUUCUGUACAGUUGCGUUAGUUCUGAAUCUCUAAAAAGUGGACAUUCUUAUAGAAUAGAUAUGAAUAAAAUAAGUUAUUGGAUCGUCUAA